GUUCCGUCCCGCGUCCCGCCCACGGGCUCAUUUCCACACGCUUUGUCCAUUCUGAAGUACUUCUACCCGCGAUGACAGACGAAACGACUCAACCGCUCAUUCAUUUCGAAGGCCACCGCCAUCUAACAACGCGCCUUCUCCUCUCCACACUCACCGGCCGGCCGAUCCGCAUCUCAAAAAUACGUUCCUCGUCGACCAAUCCGGGCCUCACGCGUUACGAAACAAACUUCAUCCGACUCCUCGAUGCCGUAACAAAUGGCGCGCAAAUACAAUUCUCGAUGACGGGGACAACGCUGGUGUAUCGGCCCGGCUUGAUAACAGGGAGUGCGGAGGGCCUAGGUGCUGUGGGCGGCGUCGUGAGACACGAGAUCCCGCGCGAGUGUAGUAGAAGGGGAGUCAGCUGGUGGCUUGUACCGCUGUGUUUGUUGGCUCCGUUCUCGAAAGGGAAUGUCAAUGUGGUGCUACAUGGAGAAGGCUGCGUUACAAGCUCCACGCCGACCGGCGAUGUGAGUGUGGAUACAGUGCGCACGGCGAUACUGCCACUCUAUAAGAACUUUGGGAUUGAUAGGAAUAUUGAGUUAAGAGUACUAAAGAGGAGUUGUUGUCCUGCACCGGGGAAAGGAGCGGGUGGUGAGGUACAGCUAGUGUUUGGGCAUCAGGUGCGGUUGCCGAAGACGCUGCAUCUGCUGAAUCCGGGGCGCGUGAAGAGGAUACGUGGCGUCGCCUACGCUGUCGGGGUUUCCGGUUCGAACAACGCCCGCAUGAUCGAGACUGCAAGAGGGAUUCUAAACAAGUUUGUCCCGGAUACAUACAUCUUCUCUGACGUCUCGCCCACACCGCUCAUCCCGUCGUCGUCGAAAUCGGAUCCUAGUGGCAAAUCUAAAGGGGCAGUAGGCUUUGGUCUAUCCCUUGUUGCCGAAUCUUCAACCAACUGCCUUUACUCUGCGGACGUCGCAUCACCACCUCAAGGCGGAACGACACCUGAAGAUGCUGGCAAGCAGUGCGCAUACCAGCUGCUGGAGAAGAUAAGUCAGGGCGGAUGCGUGGAGGUCACCGCCGUGUCGACGAUGUUGCUACUCAUGGCGAUGGGAACUGAGGAUGUUGGGAGAGUAGUAUUAGGAAGGGAGGUGCUCGGCACUGAGGAGGCUAUUCAGCUUGGGAGAGACUUCAAAGAGUUUGGGUUUGCGGGGUGGGGGUUACGGGAUAAGGGCGAGGAUGCGGAGGGUGAGGUAGUGGUUAGUGUUGUCGGACGCGGAGUUGGGAAUGUGGGAAGGAAGGUUGCUUAGAGGUGACCAGAGCCGGCUAUAGACAGGGCCGAGAAGACCAGAGCAUGAUACCCAUAUAGAAGAAAUCCAUGCAGGGUG